AUGAAUUUAUCAGAACGAACAGCGGAGUUUCUUUGGUCUCAAUUGUUCAAUGAUGUUAUUCUUCGUUUUCCUCCCAAUAAUAAAGCUAAACAACAAAUGAUCAAAGCAUGUCGUGAUUAUUAUCGAGACAAUCAACAAGAGUUACAAUUAAUCGAUGAGUUUGAAAAAUACUAUACAAGUGAAGAAUGUAUCCGAUGGUACACACGAGAGACUUUUGUCUAUAAAAUGGUGAAUAAAGCAUUGCGUACUGAAGAUGUUGAACAACUGCAUACCUUUCGUUUUUUUAUUGCGGAUCUAUCAUCAGCACUGACAAGUGAACACAAGAAGAUGAUGGAGCAGUCUAACAAUGGAAUGAUAAUCACGACUGUCUAUCGCGGUGUUAGAUUAACACUAGCCGAACUAGAAGAAUUUCGAUCAAAUGAGGGUAAACUCAUUUCAAUCAAUGGUUAUUUAUCCACAAGUCGUUCACGUUGCAUAGCAAUUAAUUUUGCUGUAAAGGGUAAAAAACAAGUUGAUUCUGUUCCAGUACUGUUUGAGAUUGAAUGUCAAAAUGAAGAAAGUGCUUGUUCCAUUUUUGCAGAUAUAACGAGUUUCAGCGAUUUUCCCGAUGAGCAAGAAGUUCUAUUUGAUUUAGGCGCCGUUUUUAAAAUUCAGACAGUUAGCGAAGAAGAUGAUAUGUGGAAGACAUGUUUGCCUGAAGAUCACUCUGAUAUUGCUAAUGUUCUUCAUAAUAUUGCUGAUUGUUAUCAGAGUAAAGGUCAAUAUGAUAAAGCUCUGCAACAUUACCAUCUUGCACUAUCUAUGAAAACAAAGUGUUUCCCUUCAGGUCAUCCAGAAAUCGCUACGACUCUAAAUAACAUUUCCACUGUACUCAGUGCUAAAGGAGAUAAAGUGAAAGCACUUGAAUUGUGUUUGAAAGCAUUAAAAAUGCGAGAACGAGUAUUACCGUUUGAUCAUCUCGAUCUGGCAACCAGUUUCAGUAGUGCAGGACAUAAAUAUGAAGCAAUCAAAGAAUAUCAAUGUGCUCUGGAAUAUUUCGAGAAAGCAUUAAGAAUUCGAGCAAAAUUUUUAUCGGAAGAUGAUCCAGUGCGUAAAAGAACAGAGAGACAUGUAAUUCGUAUGAAAUGGAAAGUAACGUGA